AUGGUAGAGCUUUGUGGUUUUCGCCUUUUCCGUGCUUUUUGUUCUCCGCGACCGAAUUUGAUGGAGUCUGAGAGUCACAGAGCGGUGGCGAUAGACGUAUCGGGAGGCAGCAUUGUUCGAGGAGAAGAAGAACAUAAUCAAUAUGGGGAUCGAGUGGGGAAACAGAGUAUUGAGAGAGCCUCUCUUGAUAUGCCAACAAUUGAAGUUAGAUUUCGGAAUUUGAAUGUUGAUGCCCAGGUCUACCUGGGUAGGAGAGGCUUACCCACAGUCCCCAACUCUCUUCUUAAUUUCCUUGAGGGUUAUCUCCACAUUCUUCCGACCAAGAAGAGAAGGUUUUCAAUUCUUCAUGAUGCCAAUGGAAUUAUCAAGCCUGGCAGGAUGACUCUGCUUUUAGGGCCACCAGGGGCAGGAAAGACCAUUUUCUUGUUAGCUUUGUCUGGAAAACUUGAUUUGGAAUUGAAGAUUUCUGGUACAGUGACAUACAAUGGUCACAAUAUACAUGAGUUUGCCCCUCAUAGGAUCUCCUCUUAUACCAGCCAAUCUGAUGUUCACAUUGCUGAAAUGACAGUAAGGGAAACAUUAUCAUUCUCUGUUAGAUGUCAAGGAGUUGAUGCUGCCUAUGACAUGGUUAUAGAGCUUAAGAGAAAAGAGAACGAAUUAAACAAGAAGCCAGACUUGGAUCUUGAUGCAUUGAUGACAAUUGCAGAUUCGAAGCUGAAAGAGAGCAUAGUUGUGGACUAUAUUCUUAAGAUUUUAGGUUUGGAAGAUUGUGCGGAUACAAUUAUCGGAAAUGAAAUGGUAAGGGGUGUUUCAGGAGGACAAAGAAAACGCGUGACUAUAGGGGAAAUGCUAAUGGGUCCUGCAAGGGCAAUUUUCAUGGACAAUAUAUCGACUGGUCUUGACAGCGUGACAACUUUUCGGAUCAUCAACUCGAUCAAGCAGUUGGUCCAUACUUUCAAAAAAACUGCAGUAAUCUCUCUGCUCCAACCUGCACCAGAAACUUACAAUCUGUUCGAUGACAUUAUUCUUCUCUCGGAGGGACAUAUUGUUUACCAAGGCCCCCGUGAAUAUGUUCUUGAGUUCUUCGAAUCCAUGGGUUUUAAAUGUCCUAUUAGAAAAAAUGUUGCUGACUACCUGCUGGAAGUAACAUCAAGAAAGGAUCAAAAGCAUUACUGGGCUAAUGCAGAGAAAACGCACGGCUACAUUUCUGUCAAUGAGUUUGCAGCAGCCUUCCAGUUAUUCCACAUCGGAAAGGUGAUCCAUAAAGAGCUUGCCACCCCAUUCGGCAAGCUGAACGACCAUUCUCCAGCUUUAGUAACAUCUGGCUAUGCAACUAGCAGGGUUGAAUUGCUGAGAGCUUGCAUAUCUAGAGAAUGCAUUCUGGUCAAGAGGAGCUCGGGUGUAUACAAAGUCAAGAUAAUUCAACAUUUAAUUCUCGCAACCAUAGCUGCAACACUCUUCAGGCAGAGCAGAAGGCAUCAUCAAACGAUGGAAGAUGGAACGGUUUAUUUGGGUGCUCUCUAUUGCAGUUUAAUUGCAACUUUGUUCACUGGGUUUCCUGAAUUACCGAUGACAAUCGCCAGACUUCCGGUCUUCUACAAACAAACGGGCCAUUUUUAUCCUUCAUGGGCAUGCUCAUUGCCAGCAUCAAUUGUCAGGUCCCCUAUAUCGACAGUUGAAGUUGCCAUCUGGGUUUCGAUAACUUACUAUGCAAUUGGAUUUGAUCCUACUGCUGAAGGGUUGUUUAGGCAAUUUUUGCUCCUUGCAUUGAGCGGCCAGAUGUCUUAUGGACUUUUUAGAUGCAUUGCCGGAUUAAGUAGGGACCAUAAUGUUGCCAAUACAGGGGCAAACAUUGCACUGGUCUGGCUUUUGGUUUUUAGUGGCUUUGCCUUGUCGCGGCAGAAUAUGAAGAAUUGGCUGAUUUGGGGUUACUGGACUUCACCUCUGAUGUACGUGAAUACUGCACUUUCGAUCAACGAAUUCCUCGGCUUGAAUUGGGAAAACGUUUACAAUACAUCAUCAGCAGAACCGCUUGGUAUAUCCAUCUUGAAGUCUCGUGGGAUUUUUGCUACUAGAUAUUGGUAUUGGAUUGGCGUUGGUGCACUUGUCGGUUUCAUAAUAUUGUUCAUUGGGAUCCAUAUUGUGGCUCAUGCCUAUCUCAAUCAAUCUCGGAAGGUAGUGUUUCUGUCUAAAGAAUAUUUGAAGGAGAGACAUGUGAACAUAACAGGUGAAACAGAGGCCAACGGAACAACAGAGAAGGAUGCAAGCUCUGUGAACAAGAAACCUUCCAAGCGUGAAUGUUCUGUUGGAGCAAGCCGAAAGGGUAAAGGAAUGUUUCUCCCAUUUAUACCUCUUUCCAUCACAUUUGAGAAUAUCCGAUAUUCAGUAGAUAUCCCGAAGGAAUCAAAAGCUAAAGGCAGUCAAGGGGAUCGGCUGGAAAUUCUCAAGGGAGUAAGCGGAACUGUAAGGCCGGGAGUCCUAACAGCACUUAUGGGUGUUAGCGGGGCUGGUAAGACCACACUGCUCGAGGUGUUGGCUGGAAGGAAAAACAUUGGACAUAUAGAAGGAAACAUCAACAUUUCAGGCUACCCUAAGAAGCAGAAAACAUUUGCUCGAAUUUCUGGAUACUGCGAACAAAAUGGCAUCCACUCUCCACUUCUCACGGUCUAUGAGUCCCUACUUUUCUCAGCUUUCCUUCGGUUGCCUUCAGAGGUCAAGUCUGAGAUUAAAGAGAUUUUUGUCAUGGAGGUCAUGGAAAUGAUUGAACUCACACCAUUAAAAGACGCGUUGGUUGGAUUUCCUACAACGAAUGGCCUCUCAAUCGAGCAGCACAAAAGGCUAACGGUUGCAGUGGAACUAGUAGCCAACCCCUCGAUAAUAUUCAUGGACGAGCCAACCACAGGGCUCGACUCUAGAGCGGCUGCAAUUGUCAUGAGAAACGUCAGAAACAUCGUGGAUGCUGGAAGAGCCGUGGUGUGUACAGUUCAUCAACCAAGUACUGAAAUUUUUGAAUCUUUUGACGAGCUCUUCCUACUGAGCCAAGGUGGCGAGGAAAUAUAUGUGGGUCCUCUGGGAAACGAGUCGCGCCAUAUGAUCAAGUACUUUGAGGAAAUCAAAGGAGUUCCUAAGAUAAAAAGGGGGUACAACCCGGCAACAUGGUUGAUGGAAGUGAUCACAGGAGUGGAGCAAGAGCCUCCAGAUGCUAAUUUUUCCCAUGUAUACAAGAACUCCGAUCUCUAUAGGAGAAACAAAGCCUUGAUUGAGCAGUUGAGUACACCGAUGCCUAAUUCAAGAGAUCUCGACUUGCCUAAUUACUUUCAGCCUUUCCUCGCUCAAUUCAAAACAUGCCUAUGGAGACAAUGCAAGUCAUACUGGCGCAACACGCCGUACAACUCUGUCCGGCUCCUAUGUGGAAUUCUAACAGGCUUCACUCUUGGAAUUGUGUUUUGGGGCCUCGGCUCAAGAAGGUGCGAGGAACAGGACGUACUCGAUGGGGUCGGCUCCAUGUACAUGGCCAUAAUGUUCUUGGCAACACAUGCCUGCUUCUCGGUGCUCCCAGUCAUCACUACUGAACGAGCCAUCUUUUACAGAGAGAGGGCUGCAGGGGUGUAUUCCACCUUUCCUUAUGCAAUUGCUGAGCUGGUAAUUGAAAUCCCCUACAUAUUGGCUCAGACUCUUAUCUAUGGGAUCACAGUCUACGCCAUGAUCGGAUUCGUGUGGCAGCCGACGAAGCUCUUCCUAUACCUGUCCUUCUUCUUCAUCACCAUUCUCUACUACACCUACUUCGGGAUGAUGGUGGUAGCCCUAACUCCAAAUCUAGAGACCUCCGCAUCACUAUGCGGCGUCUUCUUCACUGUGUGGAAUCUCUUCUCAGGCUUCCUGAUUCCUCGACCAAGGAUUCCGCCAUGGUGGAAGUGGUACGAAUGGGCGUGCCCCGUUUCGUGGAGCUUGUACGGACUGGCGUCUUCGCAAUAUGGAGAUUCGGAGCUGGUGCUCAGCAACGGCGAGACGGUGGCCGAAUUCACGUCAAGGUAUUUCGGGUACAGAAAAGAAUUUCUGGGAGCCAUCUCUGGCGGCAUGAUCGGAUUCGCGGCCAUCUUUGCACUGGUGUUUUGCGGUGCCCUUUGGGGUUUAAAUUUCCAGAAAAGAUGAAGAAGCUCAAACAGCAUAAAUCACAUAAUUUCAAAGAGUGCUAACCAUCGGACACCUAAGUUGUUGGGUGAA